GGUCAAUUUGAGACGAGGGGAAGAAACUACAGUAUUCUUUUGAAUUCAGCGUUCCUUUGAAAUUAUUGAGGUAGACUUAAUACUUUGACUGCAUGGGUUGACAUUUUUUCUGUUUCAUAAUUAAUUAAUAAUCUGGAGUUUAGUUUUCACUGAAAAGGUCUUGGACCAAGAGUAAAUUAAAUUUUUGGUUUAUGAUCGAUUAUGAAGGAAUGCUUUGUUGAACUGAAUGAGGUGAAUGCAUGCUUGGCGGAGUUAUACAUUCUGGUUGUAUCCCUGUAUGUCAUGAGUAUUUAUUUAAAGCACCUCCUAUGAACAUUAUAUUUGUUCUAGGGACUAUGAAAUAUACUGAUACAAAUACACCUGUGCAUAAUAUGUCCGUGCCUGUCUAACUAUCUUAUGUCCAAGGUCCCUCACCUGUCUAACUAUCUUAUGUCCAAGGUCCCUCACCUGUCUAACUAUCUUAUGCCCAAGGUCCCUCUCCUGUCUAACUAUCUUAUGUCCAGGGUCCCUCAACUGUCUAACUAUCUUAUGUCCAAGGUCCCUCACCUGUCUUACUAUCUUAUGUCCAAGGUCCCUCACCUGUCUAACUAUCUUAUGUCAAAGGUCCCUCACCUGUCUAACUAUCUUAUGUCCAAGGUCCCUCUCCUGUCUAACUAUCUUAUGUCCAGGGUCCCUCAACUGUCUAACUAUCUUAUGUACAAGGUCCCUCACCUGUCUAACUAUCUUAUGUCCAUGGUCCCUCUCCUGUCUAACUUUCUUAUGCCCAAAGUCCCUCUCCUGUCUAACUAUCUUAUGUCCAAGGUCCCUCACCUGUCUAACUAUCUUAUGUCCAAGGUCCCUCACCUGUCUAACUAUCUUAUGUCCAAGGUCCCUCACCUGUCUAACUAUCUUAUGUCCAAGGUUCCUCACCUGUCUAAAUAUCUUAUGUCCAAGGUCCCUCACCUGUCUAACUAUCUUAUGUCCAAGGUCCCUCAACUGUCUAACUGUCUUAUGUCCAAGGUUCCUCACCUGUCUAAUUAUCUUAUGUCCAAGGUCCCUCAACUGUCUAACUAUCUUAUGCCCAAGGUCCCUCAACUGUCUAACUAUCUUAUGUCGUGGGUCCCUCACCUGUCUAACUAUCUUAUGUCCAGGGUCCCUCACCUGUUUAACUAUCUUAUGUCCAAGGUCCCUCAACUGUCUAACUGUCUUAUGUCCAAGGUCCAUCACCUGUCUAACUAUCUUAUGUCCAAGGUCCCUCUCCUGUCCAACUAUCUUAUGUCCAAGGUCCUUCACCUGUCUAACUAUCUUAUGUCCAAGGUCCUUCACCUGUUUAAUUAUCUUAUGUCCAAGGUCCCUCACCCGUUUUGUAUGGUUUAGUUACCCAGUGUAUGUAAGCACUCAUUUAGUGAAAUGGUGAGCAGAAUAGUUCUGAGUAAAUAGUUUUGAUGUUCCUAAGUUAUGUUAUUAAAAGAUGCUAUUAAACGAUUUAUCAUUAUUAUUACUAACUUUAGUAUAAAAUUUGUAAUGAUACCAUAUUAUAUGAUAUAUAGAUGUUAGGUCAUUGUGUUUUGUCAACCACCAUAUUUCAUUCCUUUCUGAAGUUCCAGGGUAUUAUGCAGAUGUGUCCAUACAUCAAUUCCUUGAUGCAAUUCUAUGUUAAAUUCUACAGAAUACUAAAUAGAUAUAAGAUGUAACUAUAUGACCAUUUCAUUGACCGUAUUUCCAUUCCUCG